AAUCUUAAUCAAGAAGUACAAAUGGAAGGAGGUUCUUGCAAAUCGGACGGGAAAGAAGGUGGCAAUGAAUUGAGUGAGAUCACUCUUCGGCCAUUGGAUCUUUCUGACAUAGACCAUUUCAUGGUGUGGGCUGCAGAUGAUAAAGUGAGUCGCUUUUGCUCAUGGGAAACCUACACUAGCAAAGAAGCUGGCAUAGACAUGAUGAAGAACAAGAUUAUCCCUCACCCAUGGUUCAGGGCAAUUUGCCUUGACAACCGGCCAAUUGGGUCCAUUUCAGUGACCCCAAAGACAGGAGUCGACGAGUGCAGAGGUGAGAUUGGCUAUGCUUUGGGCUUCAAGUACUGGGGCAGAGGAAUUGCAACGCAGGCUGUGAAAAUGGUGGCUAAUACUAUAUUUAGUGAGUUUCCACAGCUGGAGAGACUUGAAGGUUUUGUUGAUGUGGAAAAUGUGGGCUCCCAGAGGGUGCUGCAGAAGGCUGGGUUCCAGAGGGAAGGUGCUCUGAGAAAGUAUUUUCGUUCGAAGGGGAAAACCAGAGACAUGGUGAUGUUUAGUCUUCUUUCUACUGAUCCCCAACCCCAAGCAUGA